UUGCCGGAUAAAGAUACUCAGGCGUAUUAUUUAUAAGUCUUGCCCAGUAUAAAAAUUGUACUAAUUACCUACGUAUUUUUAAUGAAACAGUCAGUUCGGCGAUUGUAUUUGCACGAUGAAAGCUGUGAUUUUCUCUUUAGUUUUUGCACUAUGCGCGAAAAUUCCAACAACUCUCGCUGUUGAUGGAAAGUCUUACCGUUUGCCUAAUGCAAACAUCGUCGUCAACUCGUAUACAUUGAAGAUUAUACCGGAAUUGCGAAAUGAAUUUAGUUUCGAAGGAACUGUACUAAUAGAAGUGAAAAUUUUAGAAAGAACCAAAUGUAUCACCAUGAAUAGCAAAAAUCUGUACUUGAAGCAGAUCAACGUAUACAAUGGACAUACGUCUCUUAACGGAGAUUACAAAUUGCUGGAAGAUAAAGAAAUGUUGGAAAUGUGUUUUUCGAAAGAAAUUUCUAUGUAUGAAACACUCACAAUAUCAAUUUCUUUUAAGGGAGAGGUCAGAGACGAUUUCAAAGGCCUAUACAAAGUGCAAUAUGAAGAAAAUGGUUCCAAAAAAUGGUUAGCAGCCACACUUCUAGAACCGACGAACGCGAGAAUGGUCUUCCCAUGCUUCGAUGAGCCGCAAUAUAAAGCCAAAUUCCAUUUGUCACUUGCUCGAUACCGUGAUCAAUCAUCUCUCAGUAUAACACCUUUGAGCGAAACCAGCAAAGAAGAUCCAGGGAUCGAUAAUCGAGUAUGGGAUACUUUUUCGGAUUCAGUGCCUUGUCCACCUUACAUGAUGUCAUUCACUAUACACUCAUUUGCCUCUCGAACCCUCCGAAGCGGAUAUUUGACAGUUUAUUCAAGAAAACAUACAGACAAAGACGUUAGCUUCAUCAUAUCCAAUUACCCCGCAUGGUAUGCCGCAGUUUGCGAUUAUGUGAACAUACACAAUUAUUUUGAUCAGUAUAUAGACAUCAUCGCGCUGCCCGAUGGCAAUGAAUUUUCUCAAAAAGGCACAUUGAUGAUUUACAAGGAAAAAGACGUACUUCAAAUUGAAGGAGUAGAUGUGGAAAAAAACAAAGAAGAAAUAACGAAAGCAUCAAUCCAUAAGGUUUACCAUUUGUGGAUAGGGGGUUAUGCAAGACUUGACUGGUGGAGUGAUACAUGGUUGAGCGAAUCGUUUGGCAUUUAUCUUCAAUAUGUGAUUGCUAAUCAAAUGAAUUCUGAAUGGGAAAUGGAAAAUCGUUUUAUAACCGAAGUAUUACAAGAAGCACUUUUCGAGGAAGAAAUGCACUUCGUUUCAGCUGUAUCUUCAUCCACAAAAUCACCCAGUGAAAUACAAAAUCAAAAAUUCAAUUCCUUCAUAAAUAGAAAAGGAGCGUCCAUCAUUAAUAUGCUUCAGCAGAUUGUCAAUCCUUAUCUGAAACUAGCAUUUCAAAAUGUAAUCCGUAAAGCUCAUGAAGAUAGAUCCGAGAUAAAGUCUAACGAUCUGUGGAAUGAAAUUGACCGCCAGAUCAAAAACAAAAAUUUGUUACCUUCUGACAUGUCCGUCACAGAUUUCAUGCAAACCUGGCUACAAAAUUCAGGAUAUCCGUUAAUCACAGUACUUACAAAUGAACACGGAGAAGUCACAAUGAAACAAGAAACCUAUCAGUCAUCUAGAACAACAAAUGAAAUUCUUGAUUAUACUUGGAUAAUCCCAAUCACCUGUAAGAAAAAAUCAUCAACAGGCUGCUGUGCAAAUAAGAAGUUUAACAAGUGGUUGCGUAAUUCCGAACUUGUAACCACAGAUCAUCGAGUAAAUAAAGAUGAAUGGAUUUUAUGCAAUUUAAAUCAAGGAUAUUAUAGAGUUACCUACACAAAGGAAAAUUGGCUACUUCUCACAGAGCAACUAAAAUCACAACCAAGCAAAAUUGAUAGACUCAGCAGAGCUCAAUUAAUUGAUGAUUCUUUUCAUUUAGCUAUCAAUAACAAACUACCAUUUUCAAUCGUUUAUAACUUGGGCACAUAUUUAGAAAAAGAAUCAGAUAUGCUACCCUGGUUUUCAUUCGUUAAAUACGUCAACUAUUUCUUGAGAUAUUAUGAGGAAACAGAUGUUUUCGAAUACUUAAGGAGGUAUUUUUUGAAUCUUAUCACACCACAAUACAAAAGGAUAGGAUUUCGGGCUAAAAAAGAAGACGAUUACAUUACAAGAAUUGGCAGACCAUACAUCCUUGCCAUUGCUUGUCGAGUAGGAUUACAGGAUUGUCUCUCCGAGUCUGCUCAAAUGUACAACACUUACAUCAAUGAUCUAACAAAAGUACCCGCAGAGUGGAAGUACGUGGUUUAUUGCAGAUCAUUUGAAACACUACAAUAUAAACAAGCAGCAUGGAAUAAAUUAUGGACGAUGCAUAGGAAUUCUCAUACAAUGAGCGAGAAAGAAUUGAUACUCUCAUCUAUGGCAUGUGCGAACGACGAUACUUUAUUUAAAAAGUACCUAAAAAUGGCAAUUGACACAGAUGCAUCUAAAUCUACAUUGUACUAUUAUGAGAAAGAAUGCAUUGUUAAAUCAAUCGUCAAGUUUUACAAAGGAAUCACAGCUGUUUUAGAAAUAAUGGCGGAACUGAUAUCAAAUUUAAGGUUUCAGUCUGCACAAACCAAGCAAGUAUUAAUUUUAAUGACUAAGGAAAUUCAAUUCAGUAUCAACUCGUUGGAACAUGUAGAGAAAGCGAAACAAAUAUUGAAACAGCUGGAAAGUCAAAAAGAUGACAAUUCAGAACUGCUGGAAAUUUUAAGACAAUCUAUCAAUUUGGGCAAUAGAAAAAUUGAUCAUAAAAUUAAGAAUAGUGAUGAUAUCAAGCAAGCUCUUCAUGAAAUCACAGGAUAUACUGCGCCUAACCAGAGCACUAAUACAACCAAUCCAUCAAAAAAUACCACCGAUUCACGUAAUAUGCCAUCUUCGGGCAGUAGAAUGACAACUUUGACGGCUCAAUGUUUAAUCUUUUUCAUAAUAUCAAUUCUUAUUACAAUUUAAAGAUGCAUAAUUAUGCACAUAGGAACAUAUUUGAAAUUUUACUGUGAAUUUAAUAGGUAGGUAUUAUUCCCAUCCACCAUUGGCUCAUUUAUUGGCUCCAUGUUCACAUGAAAAUACGAUUUAUCCGAUCUGGUUGCAAAUGCGAUUUUUUUUAUUAAAACGCCGCAAUUUCCCCAGAAAAAGUUAUUUGAAAGAAAUUCUAGCAAAACCAACAUCGGGUACAUUGAAUUUUAUUGCUCUCUAAAAAAAUUGAUGUGAAAAACUGCAAUGUUUUUUUAAAACCAUCUGAAAGGAAAUUAUUUUUUUAGAGAGUGAUUCAAUGUACCGAACGUUGGUUUCGGUGGAAUUUCUUUGAAUAACUGAUAAACUAAAAAAAUCAAAUUUGGAUUCACUUUAUAAAUUAUAAGUUUAUUUAUAGUAUGUAGGUCUACAAACCUACGACUUCGAGGUAAAUAUACUUGAGGAGGGGGAGCGGAUGCAAUCAAACACAGACUCAGUAUCAGAAAUUACUCCGAAAAAUGGCAAAAUUGAAGAAAAAAACAGCUGAUAAUCUGCUCAGUUAGAAAACACUUUUUAAUAUGUAAGAUGAAACGUAAUUUUUUACAGUAAGUCAGUAAGUGCAUUAAGACCAAUAAAUUGAGAAUUUACA